AUGAAUCUUGUGUAUGUUUUUCUGUCUCUUAUCAUUGCAUUGCAUUUUACGCCGAAUGAAGCGAAGUGCCAUAAAAACACGGUGGCUUUUCAAAACAACCUUACUCUUAGCCGUAGUACUCUCAAAGUCCAUUGCAAAUCCAAAGACGAUGAUUUAGGCGACCACUUUGUGAAAUUUCAAGAUGUUGCGUACAAUUUUAGCUUUCAUGAUAAUGUCAUCCUCAUCACAAGAUUCAAAUGUACCUUGUGGAAAGGUGCUAACCUGGAAUAUCAUAAAUUCUUUCAAGCAUACGAAGGAGAUCCUUAUUGUAGAUGUGGUGCCAUGUACACUUGGGAGGCACGAGAUGAUGCUAUUUACUUCUCAACAAAGGGUACGGUGGAGAAGCUCAUGUAUAGUUGGAUUAAAGAUUAA